CUAUGGCGGCAGAGAACAGAAUCAUGUCAUUGCAUUGGUGGCUGUGAAUGUACCAGGACCAUACAUGAUGGCUGCACAACCAGAGAGAACCACCCUGUUCAAGAAAGAGCCAAACGGUCCUGUGUACCGGAUCCCCUCUCUCAUCUACAUCAAAGCGGAGAACAUGUUUCUGGCCUUUGCUGAGAAGCGAAAGGAUGAGAGCGACGUCAGUGCUUUUUGUCUGGUCAUGAGACGAGGGGUCUACAAGGACGGACAUGUCACAUGGGAAGAUGUACAAGCCCUACGUGACUUUAAUAUGAAGAACCAUCGUCCGAUGAACCCUUGUCCAGUCUAUGCAGAAUCCACAAAAGUUUUGUUCUUAUUCUUCAACUGCAUACCUGAUGGAGUGACGGAACUAAAUAUGAAGAUGCGGGGAAACGUUGCCAAGAUGUGUUACGUCAACAGCACGGAUUAUGGGAAAACCUGGAGCAAUAUCUGUAACAUCACGGACGUGACCAGUCAAAUCCAUAAUCUGGCCACGGUCUUCUUCUCUCCGGGACAUGGAAUCCAGACAUCGUCUGGGAAACUCAUCGCUCCGGCCUACGCUUAUAUUGCUAAAUAUAGGUGUAUAUUUUGGUGGUUCCCUACAGCCCACUCAUUCUAUGUCUACAGUGAGGACCAGGGGAACACGUGGCGGAUAUCAGAACGGAUUGACAAGUUUGAGUGUGGCGAGUGUGAGCUGGCGGAAAUAGGGUACAAGGAUAACAAGAGAAUGCUCUACCUCAAUGCACGAGGCACGUCCAAGAAGAGGGUGGAGGCACUGAUGUCGGAUGCCGGAGGGGAGUUUCAAAGUGUUGAAGAAAGUAGUAAAUUGAAAGAGAUAAAUUAUGGAUGUUUUGGCAGUGUUAUAAGUUUCCCAGGGACAAUACAGCCAGGGCAGGAGCACACAGACUGGCUUUUAUUCUCACAUCCAACCAAGGAGGGGCGUAAAGAUCUUGGGAUCUUCUUAAACAAGUCUCCUCUGAUGUCUGAGGCAUGGUCUAAGCCAUGGAUUAUUCACAAUGGUCCAGCAGCUUACUCCGAUCUUGCCGCCUGCCGGGAUAACAAAACUUGUGCCAUCUUAUUUGAGAGUGGGGUUGUAAGUCCUUACGAGGAGAUAAAUUUCUGCCUCUUUACAGUAGAUGAUGUCUAUUAAAUCAUUAAAAAGAAAUUAAGCUUGUUUGGCUUAU